AUGUCUUCACCUACCGAUGCCCGCGCGCCCAUAGAAAGGCUUCCAGUCGAGUUGAUCCAUAAGAUUUUCUUCCUUAGCCUAGAAUUCAACUUCCCUCGAGCGUCGGCACAUAUCGCAGCUGCACUCUCCAACGAGGUCAUAUAUACCUGGCUAAUCCGGGUCGCGUUCAGCAGCGCCAAUCCCUCGUCUAGCAGCGGUGUGCUCGUCCAUCCAUUCCUACCAGCACACUACUUCUCCCUUGAUGCGAACCAAAAAACCGAGCUGCAGACGGAGAUAUUACGAUGUCAGUGGUGCACCGCCUCCCUCAUGCGCAAAUGCCAGCGAGAAUACGUCGAACACAUCAUUCGCCAGAAAUGCUCCGACCUAAUCAUCUCUCCACAAGACCGUGCGCGGCUAGACAACCUGGACCCUUACUGGGAAACCAUGGACCGCUACAGCAAUGCCACCCACGGCAAACGCGGGAAAGGUGACCUUAUCGUCAGCGCCAGGCAUCCAGACACAGGUGAACACCUCAAAGUCGCAAUCUGGUUCAACUUCGGCUCCGUGCAGAUCAGAGAACGUAGCCCCGUCUUCCACGAGACCGAUCUCUUUCGUUUACCCUGCUGCAGCACCACGCAUCCCUGCCGGAUGCCAGACCACCUUCUCAGAAGCCCAUGGACGGAGGAGAAACUUGAACUUCUUUCCCUCCUCUCGAACGAGGCGUACAUCGACGAGGAUGGUAAGUUCGAACGAUCGAAGGGGAUAUUGCGCCAACUGGUUAUCGAUCGUGACUUCGAGACGUUUCGACGUCUCCUGGAGUUGCAUAUUCGAGUCAAGAUAUAUUUGUACCCGCUACGUUGGCCGGUUAGAUCGAAUAUCUUUAGAGUGGCGGCUCGGUGUGCUCAGCCUGAGAAUAUACACAACGAUCCUUUUUUGAGAUUGUUGUUCACCGAGCAUCGCGGUGAGAUACCGCAGACGGACCACUCGAUAUGGAAGCUCGUGGAGAAAUUUGACAAAUCGUGA